AUGAUGGGGUUUCAACAACAAAUGAAUGGAAACACAAUGUCUAACAUGUCUAACAUGGCACAGCAGCAGUCUGAUCAGGAUCAUACAUCAAGGGUUGAACAAUUUCUUUCAAAGCUCAUUGAAUCAUUAGAUCAACAGAAUCCAACACCCACAUCGCCCCCGCUUCCACAACUCACACAGCAGCCCCGUAUCAUAAUCAACGGAACACCUUUUGGGUCUCGAGAUCAGUUUCAGCAGUUAUGGAUAUCAUUACCUGCCUCAAAUCAUCAAAUCACUUCAUUGGACGUUCAUUUUCUACCAUCGGGCAAUACAGGAUUAGGGCAGUUUAUUGUGUUGGCUCACAUGAAAGUCAGGUUUGAUGAGUCUGGGAAAAACAAGUUGGGAGAGACUGCAUUGUUCAAUAACUCAACCGUAUCUUCGACUAGGGUGCUUUGGAGUCAUUGGUUUGGUGUUACCCUUUCGUGUGUCAUUGAUUCCUCAAUGCUGAAUAAUCCAAACUCCGAAUGUAUUUCUUGUUGGGAUUACAGGUUCACCGAAAAUCCAACAAAAUCGAUCUUUAAAGUCGAGUAA